AUGACUUAUCCAAAUAGAACUGUGACCUUAAUAUUAGUUUUAUUAAUCGCUUCGAUAUUUUUUGAAACGUAUGAAUCCAGAGUUCAUAAAUCCAUAAAAAGAAACGAAUUAAUCGAAAACUUCAAACGUCUUUUCGCUCCGACUUCAGAAAAAUCAUUUACUACUUGGUUCGGUAAUGUGAUUACACCCCAAUAUAUCUUUAGACCUAAUUCUCUUGAUGAUCUUAAAGAUAUUGUAAAAAAUGCGAAAAUUAACGGAAAAAAGAUUCGAUGCGCGGGUCGAGGGCAUUCAUGGACAUCGUUAUCAAAUACUAAGGAUUAUUUGGUGAUUGUGAAUAAUUUAAGUAACGUUACCGAGGUGACAAAGACGGAUACAUAUGGAUGGACUAUUACUGCUUUAGCUGGUACUCAAAUUAAGACAAUGGAACAGGCAUUAUUGAAAAAUAACCCCCCUUUGGCAUUUAAAACAAUGCCCGCCCCCGAUUUUUUUAGCGCGUCUGGGAUUAUAGCAGUUGCUGCUCAUGGUGGCGUGACAGCAGCUCCAAGUGCAUCUGACCUGGUCGUUAAACUUCAAAUGGUUUCUGGUGAUGGUGAGCUGCAAGAAUUUUCAAAUGAAAAAGACCCAGUCGAAUUCAACGCGGCAAAAUUAAAUUUAGGUGAGUUCUAG